AGCUGCGGAGAUUUCGCCGAGCAAUUUGCGCAUGCGUAGGCUGCUUGACAACAACACGCAAAGUUGCUAGAAAAGUGCGAAAAUUUAACUCUAUCGUCGGAAGAACGGUGCCAAAUAUGACUUCGAAGAGGAAAGAACUACAGAAACUGGUUGAAAAACUUUCAAAGAAAAAGGAAAUUCACUUUAACAGACAACAGAUAGAAAAACUGAUAUACAAAUUCUUUGAUCUCCAUGGCGGGCGAACAAUUAUGGACAAGAAUCAUGUUGUGAGGAUGGAUAGAAGCAUGUUCAGAGAUGUCCUUUACAAUUACUUCAGUAUGACAGAUGAUGUUCUUCUUGAUAGAGUUUUCAGGGCAUUUGAUAAAGACAGUGAUAACUAUAUCAAUGUUGAGGAGUGGGUCAACGGUAUGUCAGUGUUCCUGAGAGGUAACAAGGAGGAACAGACAAGAUUUUGUUUCUGUGCCUACGAUCUCAAUGGGGAUAGCUACAUAUCACGAGAAGAAAUGUUCCAACUUCUUAAGACGUCACUCAGCAGGACAUCUACAGAUGAAGAUCAGGAUGAAAGCAUCAAGGAAUUAGUAGAAAUAACUCUCAAGAAAAUGGAUGAUGACCAUGAUGGCAGAGUGUCGUUCGAGGACUACAAGAAGGGUAUAGAAGAGGAUCCUUUAAUGAUGGAGUUCUUAGGACCAUGUCUACCAGAAAGAAAGAGGUGUGAUUUUUUCUUGGAAGAGAUAGAGCAGCUGGGAAAAUACUGAAUCAGAGACAAGAAAUACCCUGCAAGUCAUACUCAGCUCAUGUACUGGACAAUUAAGGUUGUGUUUCAUAUACCACAAUAAUAAACAACCAAUUGUUCUCAGUUGUAAACGUUUCUUUUUACUCGUUGAAAUAGAAAAGUUGUUGAAACUUUCAUAAAAAUUCAGGGGUAGAAUUAUUGUAACGUCAAUGGAAAAAGGGGAAGUAGUUUUAUAGUUGGCAGACGAAAUAAUUAAUGGAGAAGUAAAGAAUGUAAACUUGUACUAUGGUGAAGAAAAAAAAAUGGUAAGUCUAUAAGAAAGAGUGAAACCUACCUGAAAUGAACAUAUUUGUUAAUUUGAACAGGAGUGAAAUACUAAGGUCACAAAACAUGUUCAUAGAUGAUCUGAGACUCAAGGUAUUGGUUAUCAAAAAAGGUCUUUCUUUUAGAAGUCACAGGCCACUCGUAUGAAUGAGUUUUAUCUGUCUGUUGUAUGUCUUGUUUAUAACUGUAUUCCCUUCAGAUGGGAACACGCUACACUAAGUGUACAUUAUCAGAAUCACACAUACUUGUGUUCGGUUGCUUUAAUGUGUGUCCGGUUGCUUUAGCCAGAAAAAAGAUGUAAAACUAUAUUUUGUUAUCUUGUAUAUUGUAAAGAUGUCAUGCAUUCAGGGUUUUUAAUGUGCUGGAAUUAGAUCUGAUAUAAGACGGUAAGCACUGAUAUUUUGUGAAUAUGCCGUUCAAUAUAUUGAAUUUAAAAUGUUUUGAAAUAACAGUAUCACAGGAUAAAACUUUUCUCUUUUUUUUUUCCUUUUUUUUUCUUUUUUUUUUCAUAGUUUCUGAAGGAGUUUAGCUGUAUGCUAGUAUGUAAUCCAGAUCUUCAAUUUGUAUCAUUUGAAUUAUGCAUUUCAUUUGUCAUUUUUCAUAACUUCUAUACUUCAAUCUGGAUACCAUUUUGGAAUGGAUACAGUUUGAAAAUUAUUUAGUAGGUAUAAUUUAUGUCAAAUUCUUUUUGGUGCCAAAAUAACAAUUUUUACCUAGUCUGUUAGGAUCACUUAAAUCUCAGUAAGUUUAUGAUUUUAUUUCAGAUGAUUUGAAAUAAUGAUUUAAAAAAAAAAAGCAAUAGUAGAUUUAUCAAACUUUAAUAUGUUUUUAUGUAUAUUUAGAGUUUCUUACAUUUACCUUAAAAUAAUAAAUAACAGGAUUUUCUUUUUUAAUCUAAAAUGGGUUUUUUUCUGAUAAGUCAGCUUUUACUAGAGUGAAAUAGAUUUCUAACAUGAUGGUAUAUUAUCAUCAUAUUGGCCUGUAUAAUUAUUCAAUAUUUUCACAUUUCAUCAUCAUUCAAAGACUCCUGUUUAUACACAGUAAAUAUUUAAUGUAUAGGACAGUUUGAUGUGGUGGUUGUAACACAUGUUGUUGGACUGGUUUGGUCCAGAUUUAUCGCUGUUUUUUAUGCCAACAGCAUUCAUAGGCGACCGUUUAUGGUAGAAAAAUUUAGAGAUAAUUAUCCAAGCCUUUUAAAUUAGCAGAUUAUCAAACAUAUUGUCAGUGUAUAUCAGAAUAAAUUUUGUUUAAUAUGUUUGCAAAUUACACAUAUGCAGCCUUAAUGAAGUUCAGUAUGUGAGCAGAAUCAAAAUUAUCUGUGAUAACCUUGUGUACAUGAUGGUUUUCAUUGUUGUACCUACUGUUGUGUUAUAAUUAACAGACCCAAUACAUUAUUAUGGGAUAUAACAAGUAUUAUAAUAGUUUAUGGAGAGCUAUCCAUGACCCCACUACCAGUUAGUAUUACCAAAGAAAACAUUAGAAAAUGUUGAAACAUGUUUCACAUUUUCAAACAGAUGUAUAUGUACCCUUAAACUUAUAACUGUUGAUAUACUAACAUUGUGCCUUUAGUUAUUAACUAAAAAAUCUUGCCAAAUAUAUUUUCAAAGAUCUUCCAUAUAAUGCCUAUAUAUGUAUUAUAAAAAUUAACAAGUAUUAAUUCAUUAGUAUCUAGGUAUGUUACUUAUAGAUAGUAUUUAAAUGAAUACCUUGUAUUUUAUGAAACUUUCUUUUUAUUUCUGUACAAUUUCUUUUUUCCUCACUGCUGUGGUUUAUUUUUAUCACAUCAAUUAUUUAGGUGUACGACAGGGCUACCUCCCCUCCCAAUGCGUUUCCAUGAUUUACAGUGCAUAUGUAUAUAUCGACCAUUGCUCUGAAUUUUAAUGCAAACUUGGCCUUUCUAUUUCUAGAACCUGUCAUUCUUAAUAUUAAUAUAACUUUUUCUCGAUGGAUUUUUUUCUUUAAUACCUUUAGUCUUAAACACAUAAAAAAUUAAGAUUUAAGGUAUUUCCUCACAAAAAUAUUCUCUGUUAUACUUAAUAUAACUACAUUAUGUGUAAGAAAAUAAUGAAUGAGACAAUUCUUAUACAUUGAAUAUUACACGAGAAAUGCAAUUUUUGAAUGUUGAAAAUGGGCAGGUAAUUAUUAUCAGUGUGAUAAUAAUCAGUUGGCAGAACACAAUUGUCAAUUUAUUUUAAUUGUGAUUAUGAAAACAAAACAAUGUAAGGUAUUUUUAAAUUCCAAUAUUCACACCGAGAUUCAUUUCCCUAAAAACUCAUGAAUUCACAUGAAUAUCAUGAAUCCUAUGACUUUUCUCCUCUGGUUUUCCACAAUAUUCAUACUAGCCUAUUAUUCAAUGACAUAUUUUAGUAUUCAUAUAUUCAGUAAAUUCCUGUACGUUUAUAAAAAGGACUAUUUUUAUGGUUGAUGGGGAAUCAUAUAGUGUAGAAUUCUGAAACGGAUUUGGAAUGUAUAAACUAACCGUAGGUACUGAUGAAUUAUACUUUAUAUGCUAAGGUGAUGGUGUUAGGUUUGUUGGAUUACAAGAGAUUAGCAUGAUUUAUCUUUUUUUUUCCUUUUCUUUUUAUUAUCAUAAAAAGAAAAAUUUAAAUUUGGUGUAGGGAGAGGUUUUUACUUUUUUACUUUUAAAGAAUGGACAAUUUUUUAGUGGAAAUCUGUCAAAGUGAGAAUAAAGCUGGUGUACGAUUGAAAAAUAUUUUUAAUGGAAAUGUAAUAAAAUGGUGAUUUGUUGGACAUUUAUAAUUGAUGUACAUAUAUGACUUUGAUAUUUAUCAUAAUAUUGUGGCAUUUAGUUGAAGAGGUUAAUGGGUAAAUAGAUUCCAUUUGUUUUAUUAGUUUGUGAUACCUAGAUAUAGAUUCUAAUAAUAUUGAUUCCAUCUAGGGUUUGUCAUACACGUAUGGAGUUGAAUUCCAAAAUACCUAAAACUUGGUCACCAUGGUAUUUUAGUUACUGGGACAAAAUGUAACAUAUAAAUUAUAUGGUGGUUCUAGCCAAUUAUCAAAGCAUUCCAUCGCCCUCGAGUACUGUUAACAUGACUUCUUGUUACAUUGUAACAUAUAUUAAUUGAGAUAUCAAUUUUGAUAUGGAAUCCUCCCAUAUUGGGAGAGAGCUUGUUUAAUAAAAAAAAAGUGUACAGAAAUCCAAUUUGAAAGUAUUUAUUUGAAACUAUAACAGUUUAAUUUGUAUAAAUCACAGAUAGAACAAAAAUAUACAUGUAUAUAUGAAUUAUUUUUAAAAUGACUUUAUAUAAAGAUAACGUUUCAAAUAACAUAUAUGUAAAUAAUCAUAAGUUGGAAUGAAAAUUACAUGACAUUAUUGGAAUUUCAUACAGGGUACAGGACAAUCUCUGGACUCACUAAGUUUUUCUGCUAUACUAAGAUACAUUUCCUUCAUAGUGCUUCCUUAUGUAACAAAACGGUUCAAGACAGAAAAAAAGGAUUCAACGCUAAGAUUUCUUCACUUAAUUAUUUAACUGAUAAUACACUCCAAAACAAAUCUACUACAAGGCUACUAAGUAGUAUAUACUCAACUUAACACAAUAUUCUCAAUGUAUCUUCAGUGGAAAAUUUGUAAAUAUUUGGAUUACUACUUAAAAAAAUUAACCCUCAUUUGUUGAGAUUGGUUGAAGUGGCAGUAAUACACAAAUGAGACUAUCUUCCUCGAAAAAUAAGAAGAAAUCAAAUAAUGCUCAUUCACACAAAAUCAAACAGAAACAUGCCUUUUUUUUUUUUUUUUUUUUUGCAAAUAGUCAUCAAAUGUGAUUUUAUAUUUUUGAUACGAUCUAAUGUAAAUGUGUAUGUACACCUUAAAUAAGCUAAAAACGUUAAUGUUUUAAGUUCUGUUAUUGAAUUAUUUCCGAUUGGUUUUGGAUUUUUUCUCUUGUGUGUGUAUCAAAGGUAUCUCCUUUACAACAGUUUGUUUUUCCAUUCAGAUUUGUAUGAUUUUUAUGUUUAAGCUGGGAUAUUACAGUAGAUUUGUGUUUCCAUGUCAUGAAUUAGUUAAUCACUGACACAUGGAACAAACUACUACAGUGCAUGAAUGUGGUUUUACCAAUAUAUUGAAGAGUAAAUUAAAAAAAAACAUGCAUAAACCUAAGAAGAGUAAUAUUAUAUUUUGGGGCCUUAUCGGGACAUUGGGUUGUUUUGGGGUAAAUAGACAUUUUUGCUACAGACAACCAUCAACCAUGACUAUGACUGCUCUAGAGUAUAUUUUCAUAUAUAGAUUCCAUUUUAUUCUUACAUUGUACGACAUUUUUGUAUGUGAAUUAUGGUAUUUUAUGCAAGGUUGAAAUAAAGGGAAAAGACAGUA